CUGUCUCGAGCCCGCCUCCCCUCUUCUCACGUGACCCCUCCUCUCCCUUUCGGCUCCAUAUUGAAUUUGAAACUGAAGGAAACGAGUCUGGUCACAAAAUGGAGGUAUCCAGGCCUGAAGCGUGUAAAAGCAACUAGAAGAAAGGGAGAACCUGGCUGCCUCCAUUAGUAACUGCUACUGCAUAAGAGGCAGAGAGGAAACUCCAGACGAUAGCAUAACAGGUUAAAAGGAGCAACUGAGUUAGUGCAUCCUUCCAAAAUGUCUGGGAUCAAAGAGGAGAGAGAUAUUGAAGACUACAAGAGGAAAGGAAGAAGAUCUUCACAGGGCCAUGACCCGAAGGAGCCAGAACAGUUGAGAAAACUGUUCAUUGGAGGCCUGAGCUUUGAAACAACAGAUGAUAGCUUAAGAGAACAUUUUGAAAAAUGGGGCACGCUCACAGACUGUGUGGUGAUGAGAGACCCACAAACAAAACGUUCCAGAGGCUUUGGCUUUGUGACAUACUCUUGUGUGGAAGAGGUAGAUGCUGCAAUGAGUGCUCGACCACAUAAGGUUGAUGGGCGUGUGGUCGAGCCCAAGAGAGCAGUUUCUAGAGAAGAUUCUGUAAAGCCUGGAGCACACUUAACAGUAAAGAAAAUAUUUGUUGGUGGAAUUAAAGAAGAUACAGAAGAGUAUAAUUUAAGAGACUACUUUGAAAAAUAUGGCAAGAUUGAAACCAUAGAAGUCAUGGAAGACAGGCAGAGUGGAAAGAAAAGAGGAUUUGCUUUUGUAACUUUUGAUGAUCAUGAUACAGUUGAUAAAAUUGUUGUUCAGAAAUAUCAUACUAUAAAUGGACAUAAUUGUGAAGUGAAAAAAGCACUUUCCAAGCAAGAGAUGCAGACUGCUAGCUCACAGAGAGGUCGCGGGGGUGGCUCAGGCAACUUCAUGGGUCGUGGAAGUUUUGGAGGAGGAGGAGGUGGUGGUGGUGGAAAUUUCAGCCGAGGAGGAAACUUUGGUGGCAGAGGAGGCUAUGGUGGCGGUAGCGGUGGUGGUGGGAGAAGUGGAAGCUUUGGGAGUGGUGAUGGAUAUAAUGGAUUUGGCGAUGGUGGGAACUAUGGAGGUGGCCCUGGUUACAGUAGUAGAGGGGGUUACGGUGGUGGUGGAGGAGGACCAGGAUACGGAAACCCAGGUGGUGGAUAUGGUGGCGGCGGUGGUGGUGGAGGAGGAGGAGGAGGUGGUGGAUACGAUGGUUACAACGAAGGAGGAAAUUUUGGUGGCGGUAACUAUGGUGGCAGUGGAAACUAUAAUGAUUUUGGCAAUUAUAGUGGACAACAGCAGUCAAACUAUGGACCCAUGAAAGGAGGUGGCAGUUUUGGUGGCAGAAGCUCAGGCAGUCCCUAUGGUGGUGGUUAUGGAUCUGGAGGUGGCAGUGGUGGCUAUGGUGGCCGAAGAUUCUAAACUGAACCAGAAAAAGGGCUACAGUUCUUAGCAGGAGAGAGAGAGCGAGGAGUUGUCAGGAAAGCUGCAGGUUACUUUGAGACAGUCGUCCCAAAUGCAUUAGAGGAACUGUAAAAUCUGCCACAGAAGGAACGAUGAUCCAUAGUCAGAAAAGUUACUGCAGCUUAAACAGAAAACCCUUCUUGUUCAGGACUGCCAUAGCCACAGUUUGCAAAAAGUGCAGCUAUUGAUUAAUGCAAUGUAGUGUCAAUUAGAUGUACAUUCCUGAGGUCUUCUAUCUGUUGUAGCUUUGUCUUUCUUUUUUUUUUUUUUUCAUUACAUCAGGUAUAUUGCCCUGUAAAUUGUGGUAGUGGUACCAGGAAUAAAAAACAAUUAAGGAAUUUUUAACUUUUCAAUAUUUGUGUAGUUCAGUUUUUCCACAUUUAGUUCAGACUUUAACAAAAAUAAAGAAAUGUAGCUUAGGGUGUUUCUUGUUAAUAGAGAAGAUUGAUGCAUUUCUCAAUUACCAUUUUGUGUUAACUUUAACUGUAGAAACACCUGAUUUGCAGUCUUAAGGGGUCUAGUCUCAAUGCAUAUAUGUAACUCCCAUUGACAUGAGUUAUAUAUAUCUAUAUAUGCGCAAAUAGAGAGAACAUAUGUUGCAUUAUAGUUUGUUUAGAUGUAUUAUUAGGAUUGAGUUAUUUAAACUAGUGUUUGUGAAUGAUAGAAUUAAGCUUACUUUCAAAUGAAAAUUUCAAAUUA